UUUCAAAUAGGUAUUACGGAAAAAGUUGAUUAUUUUAAGAGUAUAAAUGUUGGAGCRAUUUGGUUAUCUCCAAUAUUUCAAUCUCCUCAAGAUGAUUUUGGGUAUGAUGUAUCAAACUAUAAGCAGGUCGAACCAUUAUUCGGUACUAUGGCAGACUUUGACCGGAUGCGAGAUGAAUUACACAAAAAAGGUAUAAAAGUAUUGUUGGACUUUGUGCCAAACCACACGAGUGACGAACAUAUGUGGUUCACAAAAUCUGUACAGCGAAUUGAACCUUACACAAAUUAUUACGUGUGGAAAGACCCAAUCAUCAGUGAAAAUGGUACCAGAACACCUCCGAACAACUGGGUGGCCGUUUUCAAUACUGGGUCUGCGUGGGAGUGGAACGAACAACGCCAACAAUACUAUUACCAUGCGUUUCAAGUAAAACAACCAGACUUGAAUUACAGAUGUCCGAUGGUCGUGGAAGAAAUCAAAAACACGCUGUUAUAUUGGUUGGGACGUGGCGUUGACGGRUUCAGAUUCGAUGCGGUGAACUAUCUAUACGAAAGAGAAGAUCUAGCUGACGAACCAAAAUCUAAUAAAAUCGGCUAUUUGGACACCGAUUACGAUUCUUUAACACAUACAAGCACACUGGAUCAACCUGAAACUUAUACCAUAGUACGUCAAUGGAGGCAGGUGCUGGACAGUUACAGGACCAGGGAAAAGAAAACUAAGUAA